GAUCUUUCAAAGUCGCCGUGUUUUCUUAUUGUAUAAAAACAUUAAAAUAAUCACAAAAUGUACACAGAGGUGGAUGUAUUCGUUAGUAAUUACACUCUAAUAGACCCUGAAAUAUAUCAGUUAUGGAUAGAAGGUUGCUCAUCAAGCGAAGCAGUGUCCACACUGCACCAGCGCGGCGUUGCCAAGCAGAUGGGGGCCUCCGUUGAGCUCAUCGCCAGUGAUGUUCUGGAUCACUACAGGACAUUUGCGCUCCUGGAGAGACUCCUCACAGUGCCCACCAAGCUGUCGGAGCAGAUGGUGUUCCAGAUAGAUGAGGCUACCAAGCAGAUGCUCAUUGAGAAGUAUUAUGAGUUGGACGAUGCAGUAAUAAGGGAGCUACUCGGUCGAAAACUUUCGUCACGGCAUAGAAAAGAUUUGGAUGAGGUGGCGGAGCGCUCGGGCGCGCCGCUGCGUUGCUGCCGGCGACAGUUCGACAACGUGCGCCGCGUGUUCCGGGGCGUCGAGGAGAUGCCUGGCAACGUCGUCGCCAAUAUUAGGUCGACGUUCUUACUGUCAGAGCCGCUGGCCAAGAAAUAUGGCGCGGUGGUGUUCAUAGCGUGCAUGCGAUUCGAGACCACGAAACGCAAGCUACAGUAUCUGUGCUUCAACGACUUCUAUCACUGCGCUCAGUCAAUAAUGACCUCCUGGACGUAUUCGUGCACCGGCCCUGAGUACUACGACACGGAGAUGGACCGCGAGUUCCUGCUAGAGCUGAGGGAGCUACGCAUCCUCUUGGAUAAAGAGAAGGAACACAAACACUUGAUAUGUAUGCGUCUGAAACCGAAGCUAUUGGAGAAGUCGUACCAAGAGUUAGAACUGAACUUCAGGUUAUAUACGAGAGCUCUGGUGGGCCUGGCGUGCAACCUGCAUCGAGGGAGAGAGCUGAGGUCGCUCUUUAUUGACCUAUUGGAAAGAUGUGUGGAGCCAUUACGAGCAGGCGGCUGGCCGCGCACCGACUUGGCUCAGUUUUUGAGCGCGUACGAGCAUUGUGCGCUACAGAUGGACGUGCUAAGAGAAGCUGAUUUGAAGAGCGUCUGGGAGAGAUACAUGAAAGUAGUCAGCGAAUGCUUGCUCACAAUGUAUCACGCUUAAAUCCAGAAAAUUCAGUGUUAGCAAAACACUAACUUCAACUAAAUUGUUACUAAAGACCACGAAGAAUUUUGUACAUAAUACCUGCCUGUUCCUAUCUAUUGCACGCGCAUAAAUAUGUCGCUGUCCCGCUCUUACAGUGUCAUUAACCGCCGGCAUCAUGGGCGGGACAGUAAUAUAAUUAUGUGCGUGCGAUAGAGAUGGGAAGAGAACAGGCGGCGCGCGCAGUGCACGUAGUGCAGCCGCCGCGAGCACUCGAGCCUGAGGAAGGAUCCCCGACAGGUCCGAAAUAUGUCGCCAAUAGCCACUAAAAAUGCAAGUGAGUGUAACCGUUGUGAUAUAAAUAUUUUCAGAACAGGGGGGCGAUGUACGAAAUCAAAUCAAUCUCGUGGACUCUAGCAUCUUUUAAAUUUCCUGUGUAAAAUUAGGAUCGUUUCAAUUUUCUGAUAUCUAGUUCCGUAAUAGGUACUAUUCAUGGAGUUAACUGUACAAUUCUUUUUUGUGUAGAUAUAGUCUGCCAAAUUGACAGGAAAUAUCCAUAGAAAAAGGCGACAAUAUAGUGAGCGGGAGGGCCGUUUUUCCAUAGAAUUAUUGUAUUUCGCGUUUUCUACUAUUUGGCUAUUGGCUAUAUUAGUUAUAGCAGGCGUGGCUCACUCCGCGAUUUCGUCGCUUUGCUACAGGUAGCUAAAAGUACAUCCGUUCGGCCCCAAUUUUGGGGUUUGCCAUAAGCCGCGCGUGGCGCUGUCGCCACCUAGCGGCCAUAUCUGUGCUGAUCGUAACAGACGCGUUUUGUUAGAGAGUGAGUCUUCUGUACCUAGUACUAUUAUUUAUUCUGUGGUUAUAGACUAGGUAUUAUUAGCUAAUACGACAUAGUAUGUGUGAAAAAGAGACGAACUGAGGUGUAAGUCUCAUGUGUUUAAAUGUAUAAU